CGUCUACUAACCUGUAUUCAUUCAUUUCCGUCUAAAUGACCCCGAAUCGUAGAAGCACGGACUCGUACAACAUGCUCGGCGCGUCGUUCGAUUUCGACCCGGAUUUCUCGCUUUUGUCGAACAAAACUCACAAGAACAAGAAUCCAAAGCCGCCGGUCAAGCUUCUUCCCUACCGCCACGGAAGCAACACCACCUCCUCCGACUUGGACAACUACAUCUUCAACAGUGGAUCGGGAUCUUCCGACGAUGAGACCCCACCACCAGCUGCUCCGAUUUUCAUUUCGCUCGAAGAGGUGCUGCUCAACGGGCUGCUCAUCGAUUUCGCAAUCGAUCCAUCGGGCGUAAAGUUCUUGGAGGCCAACUAUCCACUGGAUUCCGAAGAUCAGAUUCGUAAAGCCGUCUUCGAGAAGCUCACUGAAUCCACGACACUCUUCGUGGGGCUCUGCCACAGUCGAAAUGGCAAUUUCAUCGUUCAGAAGCUCGUCGAGCUCGCAACACCGGCCGAGCAGCGGGAAUUGCUUCGUCAAAUGAUCGACGGAGGGCUUUUGGUCAUGUGCAAGGAUAAAUUCGCAUGUCGAGUUGUGCAGUUGGCUCUGCAGAAAUUCGACCAUUCCAACGUCUUCCAGCUCAUCCAAGAGCUCAGCACAUUCGACCUGGCGGCAAUGUGCACUGAUCAAAUCUCGAUCCACGUGAUUCAACGUGUCGUCAAGCAACUUCCAGUUGACAUGUGGACCUUUUUCGUGCAUUUCCUCUCGUCAGGAGAUUCACUGAUGGCCGUGUGCCAGGACAAGUAUGGAUGUCGUCUCGUGCAACAGGUCAUCGAUAGACUCGCCGAGAAUCCCAAGCUCCCGUGUUUCAAAUUCCGUAUUCAAUUGUUGCAUUCUCUGAUGACGUGUAUCGUCCGCAACUGCUACCGGCUGUCUUCCAACGAGUUCGCCAACUACGUCAUCCAAUACGUCAUCAAAUCGUCGGGCAUCAUGGAAAUGUACAGAGACACUAUCAUCGAUAAAUGCCUGCUCCGUAACUUGCUCUCAAUGUCACAGGACAAGUACGCGUCGCACGUCAUCGAGGGAGCGUUCUUGUUUGCACCGCCCGCGUUGCUUCACGAGAUGAUGGAGGAGAUUUUCAGUGGAUAUGUGAAGGAUGUCGAGUUGAAUCGUGAUGCGUUGGAUAUUCUUCUGUUCCAUCAGUAUGGCAACUAUGUCGUCCAGCAAAUGAUUUCGAUUUGCACCGCCGCUUUAAUUGGCAAAGAAGAACGUCAACUUCCACCAGCUAUUCUGCUUCUCUACUCUGGAUGGUACGAGAAAAUGAAGCAGCGUGUGCUCCAACACGCCUCCCGUCUCGAGCGUUUCUCAUCUGGAAAGAAGAUUAUCGAUUCGGUGAUGAGGCAUGGAGUCCCUACUGCUGCAGCAAUCAAUGCACAAGCUGCACCAUCAUUAAUGGAAUUGACCGCCCAGUUUGACGCAAUGUUCCCCUCGUUCCUGGCUCGUUGAGCAUCUUCGACAAUUAUAGAUUUAUAGCCCCAGCGUUUUACUUCUUUUUUUUCACAAAAUUCUAACCGUAAUCCAGCGUAAUUCAUGUGUAAUGGUAAUCGAUAGAUAAUAACCCACAUUUCUACUCGCCCCAGCAAUCACCUACUGCUCCUGUAUUAUGCAAAUUUACAUAUCAUUAUUCAUUAUAUAUACAUAUAGCUUCACAAUAUUGCCACGUGUACAUUUUCCCUGUUGUCAUCUUUGUUUGUGAGUUGUAGGUCGCCACCAGAAUCUUUUUUUGCCCGUUAAUUAUCUAAAAAUUGACGUGGCCGUAAUUUAUCAAAAUUCAAGCAAUUUAUCGAUUUUUACUAUUUAACAACAAUUAAAUACAUAUAAAGAACUUUCCUAA